AUGCUCUCUUUUUUCUCUAACCAGAUCGACCGGCAAAAAUCUGUCUCUCAUGAAGAAAAAACCCUAACCGAUCUCGAACAAUCCGAGGGUUCACAUUUCCCCGGCGACGACUACCGUCCGUCCGAUCGAAAAAACUGGAUGGCUGAUCUAACGGUUGAGAAACUAACUCUCAACAAGAUCGUGUGGCCAGGAACUCACGAUUCAGCUACCAACGAAAUCGGAAUACCUUUGAUCUCUCGUCCUCUGGCUGAAUGCCAAACCCUCUCCAUCUACGACCAGCUCGUCCUCGGGACACGUGUCCUCGAUAUCCGCGUGCAGGAAGACCGGCAAAUCUGCCACGGGAUUCUGACGUCAUACGACGUCGACGUCGUGGUCGAUGACGUCAUCAGGUUCUUGUCGGAGACUCACUCGGAGAUUUUGAUCUUGGAGAUAAGGACCGAGUACGGACACAAAGACCCUCCUGAGUUCGAGACUUACUUGGUUGACAAGUUAGGUCAGUUCUUGAUACAUCAAGACGAUAACUUGUUCGACAAGGCGGUAUCCGAGAUCUUACCGAAGAGAGUUAUCUGCAUCUGGAAGCCUAGAGAGUCGCCGAAGCCGGAACGCGGUGGACUUUUAUGGAACUCGGAUUAUCUAAAAGAUAAUUGGAUCGAUACGGAUCUUCCAUGGACGAAAUUUCAAAGCAAUUUGAAGCAUUUGAGCGAGCAGCAACCGAUAUCUUCUAGAAAAUUCUUUUACCGGGUUGAGAAUACCGUUACGCCGCAAGCUGAUAAUCCUGUUGUGUGGGUUAAACCGGUGACUGAUCGGAUCCGAAAACACGCGAGGCUUUUUAUAUCUCAGUGUGUUUCCAAGGGAUGUGGAGAUAAGUUGCAGAUUCUAUCGACGGAUCUCAUCGAAGGAGAUUUCGUCGAUGCUUGCGUCGGACUCACUCACGCAAGAAUUGAAGGGAAAGUUUGA